UUGACAUUAGAUAGAAUUGCUGAGCCAGCAGUCAGGGGGUGAGAAUUUGAGAAAGUAGGGUUUUGGGAGGCGAGGAGGGGUGGAUGUGUUUGUAAACGUGGCUGCUGUGUGGGUUACACCGCGUUGAUGCUCGUUUGGCGUCGCAUCGGUUCUACAAGUGAGCUAUUGCGCGCUACGCGGUUGCGCAGAUCGACUUCGGCUCGAGUCCCAGCCUUCUGAGUUUGCGUUGUGGCGAGAGAGCAAAGGAUAGAGAAUAUUCGGCAUUCAUCGAGCGGCCCGUCGGCCUAUACAGUGGUAUGUAUCAUGUUGUCGAUAUUUUGUGGGACAGGCCAGGGAUAGCCGGGAGCCACCUGUGUUUAUAUCUCCAUGCAUAAGUGGAGAUUGUCCGCGGCCGUGGUUACACCCUCCGUCACAUGAGUGCGGUUCAGCCGGGACGCUGCCAUUCAUUGUCAUGACUUUAGAGGACCCAUUCUACGUCGUCAAAGAUGAGGUGUUCAAAGCAUUAAACAAGACCAGGGGCCUGUACCUGCGCUGGCAGGAGAUCUCCAAGGCGCCCGUCGCGCCCACCAGCCCCGAGGUGGAGUGGACCUCCACGGAGCUGAGGAAUGCGCUGCGCAGCAUCGAGUGGGACUUGGAGGACCUCGAGGACACCAUCAGCAUUGUAGAAAAAAACUCAUCGAAGUUUAAAAUCGACAAUAAAGAAAUUUGCGACAGGAGGACUUUCAUAGAAGCUACUAAGCAGGAGGUGAAGGUGAUGAAGACGAAGAUGAGCCUGAAUCGGAACCGCGACAGCGACGGCACGGCGCGCGAGCCGCUGCUGGGCGACGAGAGCCCGCCGCCCUUCGCCGGCUCGUGGACCAGCACGCCCAAGUACAGCCAGUACUCCAAGCUGGCCUCGCAGGACAGCCCGCGGCUCGAGCUGCUGGCCGCACAGCGCCGCAUGCUGGGCGCGCAGGACGACCAGCUGCAGGUCAUCAGCCACUCCGUGGGCUCGCUCAAGACGCUCUCCAAGCAGAUCGGCAGCGAGCUCGACGACCAGGCCGUCAUGCUGGAUGACCUGAACACGGAGCUGGAGAACGCCGACUCCAAGUUGGACUCCACGAUAAAGAAGGUGGCCAAGGUGCUGCACAUGAACAAUGACCGACGCCAGUGGCUGGCCAUCCUGAUCCUGAUAGGUCUUCUAGUGGUUAUUCUAAUACUGUUCGUUAUAAUUUGAACACCUAACUCGUAAGGAACCCGUAGCUAAGUGUCCUGAGCCGCGCCACUCCGAGAUGAUGUACCCAACGCAAUGUAGUUUAUUUUGAGACUCGUAGCGUGAGGGUAGCGUUGAGAAAAUACACGUUAACCCUUAAAAAUAUGUAUGUAUUGAAGUGAGGCAUAGUGGGUUACCCUUUAAUUUACGUCUUUAAUUUUCUUUUGAUCUCGUCCAAAUUUUCCGUCAUUAAAAUGCAAGAAACCGUUACAAAUACAAGCGGAAGAAAAUCGUUAUUUUCCUGGUUUCUCGAGGUUCUAGAAGCACGAGAGAAACAAGCGCAAGCUGAUCGGCAAGUUUAAGAAGAGAAGUACUUGAGGAGGAUUCAAAGAAUUUAUGAUUCGGAUGUCGGCUCACGGGCUAAACCUGGAUGAGAGGCUUGCCAUCUCGAUGUACAAGUUUUAUGCGGAUCCUUCCCGCAAAGCGCAUAAAGUCUGAUUUGGCGAGGAAAGCAACCCACCGCAGAUAUGCAAAUGGGCUUGGAGGACUCGACGAUUCAGCAAGGCAAAGUGGAUGGCCUAGGGCGAUGGUAGAGGGCGCAUAGUUACCAUCGGCCAGACACAUCAUCUGACCUCUCUUCCAGUCGUAGCGGUUUUCCGUUCCACCGAUUCGAGGAGAAGUCUCAUAUGCACUGAUCACUGAGAUCAUGUAUGCUGAUGAUUUGUGCUUUCUAGCAGAAUCCUCAGAAGGCCUGCAACAGCUGAUGUCCGUCUUUUACCAGGCAUGCUGCAAGUUCGGCCUGAAGAUAAGUGUCAAGAAGACAGAAGUGAUGUCUUUGGACACAAAUGACCACGAGUCUAAGCAUUAUGCUUGGUGGAUAAGUUCCGAUAUCUGGGAGUACUAUAACAUCCAAGUGUGACCUUGAUGCCGAGAUCAGCAGCAGGAUCAGUGCUGCAGCUGCAGCAUUUGGGAAGCUGCGUUCCAAGGUUUUCUGCUCGCAUGACCUAAAGCUGGCUACAAAAUAUUUAAACAUGGCGGUUGUGCUGCCAAACCUACUGUACUCUUCCGAGGCGUGGUGCGUGUAUCGCCACCAUAUACGCACACUGGAUCGUUUCCACCUCAAAUGCCUUCGCACCAUCAUGAAGAUCAGAUGGUCUGAUCGAGUGCGCAAUACCGAGGUGCUACGACGAGCCCAUGUGGGUGGCAUUGAGGCCUAUAUAAUGCGUCGCCAACUUCGAUGGUGUGGUCACGUAUCACGUAUGACGGAGGAGAGAGUGGCGAAGCGCAUCUUCUACUCUGAACUUGAGGAGGGUAAGCGGAAACAUGGCGGUCAACUCCUCAGGUACAAAGAUGUACAGAAGCGGCACAUGAAAAGAUGCAACAUUGAGCCCUCUCAGUGGGAAGGUUUGGCAGCACAGCGUCCAGAAUGGCGGGAGAUUGUGAAGAGGCAAGUCCACGAGUUCGAGGAGCAGCGUACGACCGAACUCGACGCGAAGCGCGAUGACUUGAAGGCUCGUCCAUCUGCCGCCAUUCACUAUAACUAUGUUGGCGGCGUGCUCAGAUGCCCUCAAUGCGCGAGGGAUUUUGCCGCGAAAAUAGGCUACGUAAGCCAUCUUCGGGCACACCAGCGCCGCCAAGACAGCUAGGAGUCGGAGUGGUCUCCAUGGCCGAAAUCGGUCGGAUGGAUCAUCAUCAUCAUCAUCAUCAGUGGGUUACCCAAAUUAGAUUUUAUUGAUAGGGCGACACGAUGCACGACAAGCCAUGCCCCACCAAGUCUUCGAGUCUUGCAGCUGUGCUAUUUGUUUGUAACAUAACAAAUUACUUUUUUCCAAAAAUUAUUAGAUGUGUUAUCAAAACACCAUGGUAGUCCAUAAAAAUUGCCAAAGUUUAGGUCUGAGUCUGAAGCAGCGCUAGGUGCUAGCUGGGGCACUAAAUUGAACCCUUUCUUAAUGAUAACUGUGUCGUCACUUUUUUUAUUAAUAAAGAGUUGUGGCAACGACAUCUCGGAGUGCGUACUGCGGUCUAAAUAUUUAUUCUUGUAUAAAACACUUCUCCAUAGCGCGUAAACUUCGUAGACAAUAGAACUGGAACGGUCUUCAAUAGGUAAUAGGUGUACGGUUUAUUUAUUAGUUUUUUGACUGUUGAUUUUUGUUAGUCUGUGUUAUCAAUAAAAACUGUGCGGCGUUGUGGCGACUCGUGCGAGUAAUCAUAACAUGUAAUUACGCAAAGUUACGAGGGAGUGUCGAGUUCACGCCGCUGCAUUGGUAAAUGUAAUAGACAGGCAUAGAACCUGCGACGCCGCUUCCCGAGGGGCCCGCAGCCUCCAGUAAUAGGCUGUGACUAUGUUGUGAUCGUUAGGACUGCUCGCCAUUAGGGAUCAAUAGUGCAGUUUAAAUAUACCGAGUAUCUUUACCAAUCGACACUAACUUAAAUGUACGAGUACCUUCUGGAUUCCUCUUCUUGUAUCGAAUGGGUCGUAACAACUAAGGUCAUGACAAACUUUGUGUUGAACUUCAAGGGCCGUCGUGACGUGGUUCAUAGCAUGCCUUCCUAACAUACAAUAUUAUGUCUUAGGUAUAAUCAUUGAUUUUAUUAGAAUGAUUUAUUCAUAAAAUUAGCCUAAUAGAGUCUAUUUUUUAAUCCAAAUCUGUAAAAUGAAUUUUGAACCUGUCACUUUGUUAAGCUAGCUGUUAGUUUUUUUUAGUAUAAUUAGCUGAAUAAAAUUAAAAUGGGACUGUAAUAUUAAAAUAGGACCCUAUUUAUAUUCAGCAAUAAAACUAAUCACUAGUCAUUCCUAAGAAGAAAAUAGUACCGAGCCAAAUAGCAACUGUGAUUGGCCUAACACUGAUAGUGUCACUGCAAAGUUAUUUAAAUUAAUUACUAUGACCAUCUCUACACACAUACUUUUAGGCUCUUAUUAUAGUUAAAUAGUUUAAAUACUUCAUGGCUGAGGAUAGAGGCCUAGACAUCGCGCUCGAUGUCCUGUAAAUGAUUAGCGAUCUGAACUGACCUACUGACUUCAAUGAUUAGUAAAGCCUACGUUAUAUAAAUAAAUGUCAAUUUAUUUAUUUGUCAUAUCUAGGCUUUAUAGAUAGCUUAAAUUAUUAUUACCAAUUAACUUUAUUUAUUAGUAAAUAGUUGUUUUUUCUUCCUGUGAUUGCUUCUCCAUUGUUGUCUUAAUAUUUAUGUACAUUCGACAGCACAUGAAAGCAGAUAAUAUUAUAGUAAUAGCAUCUAUUGUAACCGUAUGACGUCACAGUGUUUACCUUAAUGUGCUGUCGACCGUACAAUGUACCAAACGUAUAACAUGUAAUACCUAGAAUAAGUCGUAAACACGCAAUAUUAUUUUUUAUAGUUAAGAUUAUGUUUUAUAUGAAAUGUAUAUUUCCAAUGAGGGUUUUCGCGAUUGAAAAAUCCGCCAGAUGGCAAUACGUAGACGCGAGGUCCAAAUGCUGCAUGAUUGGUGGAUUUUGACAUAUCUGUCAAUGUCAUGUCACAAAUAACCAAUCAUGCAGCAUUUGGACCUCACGUCUACGUAUUGCCAUCUGGCGGAUUUUUCAAUCGCGAAAGCCCUCAUUACAUGCAAAUCUGUGUGCACCAGGCGCCGCGGCGCCAUCUACAAUAGGCAGAGAGGCCAUUGAAGGCGACGCUAAUAGAAUGUGGUCAACUAAUCGGGAUAAACUUUUGGGAAAGUGCUAUUAUAUCUGCAAAUGUUUAUUUAUUAGUACCUCUUGAAGCUAUCUUGCUGCACUGAAACAGCAAUUCUGACAGUAACCUAUGUGUAAAAAUAGUUUUGCAAUGAAAAGCCACAAUAUUUUAUGAUAAUUUGUUCACCUGUUAUGUGGUUUCGCCUUGACACAUUGUCUUGUUGA